AUGGUCAAGCUCGAAUUUUUCGCAGUGGAUCAUUGGCUCGCGGAGCGAUUAACGUCAACCCGCCACAACCUUGCUCAUACCUCAGCGCAUCCGGCAUCUAUCUCAGAUCUUGAAGCUGUUCCCGGCCAAGAGAACUGCGACGACUUCCUCUCCUCUUUUCGAUCUCAACCUCUUGAUUAUCCCGCAGAUUUCUCCGGUCUCGCCUCCUUGCGAUCCAAAAUUGCAAACCUCUAUUCGGAGGACUUGUCCUUUGAAAAAGUGUUGACCACUGCCAGCGGGUCACUUGCCAAUUUCAUUGUCUUCUAUGCUUUGAUUGGACCUGGAGAUCAUGUCAUCGUACCUUCUCCUGGCUAUCCUCAGCUUCAGGCUAUUCCUGGGUCGUUGGGCGCAGAAGUAAGCUUCUGGAAGGCCGACCCCCAAAACGAGUGGAACUUCGACUUUGAUGAGCUGGAAGGACUUAUCAAAUUAAAUACCAAAAUGAUAGUCAUCAACAAUCCUCUCAAUCCUCUGGGCACAGUUCUAUCUGAGGCGGCGCUGCUUAAAAUCAUCGACAUAGCCCGAAAACACUCUAUCAUUGUCUUCAGCGACGAGAUUUACCGGCCAAUUUUUUACCCAUCUUCUUUUAGCGAAAGUCGAACACCGCCUUCUAUCAUCUCCCUAGGCUAUGAAAAAACCAUAGCAACCAGUGCAUUGUCAAAAAGCUAUUCUCUUGCGGGAAUUCGCAUCGGCUGGCUUGCGUCGGCAAGCCAAGACAUCAUUGACCUUUGUGUUAACGCUCGUGCUUAUUGCCUCAUCGCCACAAGUCAAUUAGAUGAACAUGUCGCAGAUUUUGCGCUGGACUCAAAACGCUCUGCUUCUAUCGUUCACCAGAAUAUUUCGCAAGCAAAGCGAAACAAACUCAUCGUGCAGGCCUUUAUUGACCAUCAUUCGGAUGUGUGCAGUUGGGUGGCACCGGUAGGAGCGGCCUUGGGAUUCAUGAAGUUCACGCGAGGUGACAGACUUGUGAACGAUUUGUCCUUGUGCAAAGUACUUCAUGAGAAGGAAGGGGUCCUCUUGGUUCCAGGAACCUGCUUUGGGAAGGAAUAUGCAGGAUGGAUCCGCAUUGGUCUUGGCAUGCCAUCUCAACGGCUUAAAGACGGCUUGGAGGUGGUCUCAAGGUUCAUUUCGAAUGGCUACAGCAACAUACCCCUGGCUUCUAUCGGAUGA